AUGGUUCCCUUCUGGGAGCGCGCAUGGGCACCACCCCUCACACCUGUUUGCCUAACACCACACCGCUCGUCCAGCGCAGUGGAGCCCAUCGGCGUGCUAAAAGCAAUCGAUCAUGUCGAGAUCACUAACUUCGCGGAGAUCGGCGGCGUCGUCUACUACUUCAUCGACGUCUAUCGAAAGCACCACACGAACCGCAUCCCGACCAACAAGCGACUGGAGGCAUCGCGACGAGACCAACCAGAUUACACCGUCCAGAAGCGUUUCAGCGACUUUUCUAACUUGCGUUACCAGAUGUGGAGCUACGCGCAGCGCCAGCAUGACGGUGGGGCUGCGUGUAAAUAUUGCAGCAAGAACAUGGACUUCCUCGUGACCAGCUUCUCGCAGCCACGACUAUUUAUCCAGUUAUUUGUCAAGAGCAAGAAGACGCGCAGUCGUUUGCUGGGAAAGGGCAUCAACAAAUACAUCGAGCUGGCCAUCGGUGGAAAGGAAGACUCACGGCGUUACUACACUUGCGAUGGAUAUAUGACGAUUCCUGCACUGGUCGAGCGGUUCCUCCGCGAUGACGCAUGA